AUGGACGAAAUGCAGGCACUUGUUGAACGUUACGGUGACCCGGAGAUGCCAUUUUUCUAUGGUCUUCUUAAGACUAUCAUAGUGGAUUCGGGAGAAGAGGAAGCUUUUGUGGUGUGGCGACAAUGCUCACUAGCUUCGCUCCAGUAUGGAAACGAGAAGGUUAUCAGUUGUGAAGGUUGUCCUGAUGGUGUCGUGCCUUUGGUAUGUCAAGACGAGAACAACGAGGGCGUUAUCUGCGCGGAAUGUCAAGAAAAUUCCAACCGAAGACACAGGAAUGAGCUUGAGAACUUCUCGAACCGCGUGGUUAACGUCCAGCAACUGAGUGAUGACCAGGCAGUUCCGACGACCGAGAACUUGACUUCGGACGCUAAUACUUCGGGUCGACGGCGGUCGCGACGUAUCCGACCAGGUGCAGUGUGUACUUGGCCUGUUGCAGCUAGUGCUACCGAUACAGUUUAUAUGCUCAAGGCGAAGAUUUAUGCGGAGAUCGAUGCGUUGCCCAUACGACAGCGACUUUACUAUAAAGGAAAGUUGCUAGAAGAUCAUCGCACACUCAAACAAUGCGGGAUCAAAGCUGGCGACGCUGUCUUCAUGCGGUUAUCGGAAGACAAUGCGGAUGAUCUUGUGAUGGAAGAAAGCCAGGAGCGUGAAGUGGGGUUCGCAGACUCGGUUUUCCUUUCGCAUUCGUCGACUAUCAGUCAAAUUGUGAAACUUGAUAAAGCUCCAGAUACCAGCGGGGACCGAGCUAUGGCUUUGGCGAUGGCCAACGGCCAUGAAACUCGCGUGUGGGUGUGUUCUGCCUGCACGUUCGUCAACGAUGACACGGACAGUGUUUGCGAGAUGUGCUCGACGACGAAAGAUAGCUCUCUAUGA